UAAUAACAUUUAAAAUGUUUCAUUAUUAAGACCGUUAAUAUGUUAAUAAUAAAACAGUACAUUUCACUCGCACUUGAAGUGAUAAUUAUUGUAGCUUAAUAAUAUAGCGACGAAACAAGAUUUAGCUGUUGUAAAUGAAAGUCGUGAAACCAGUCAACUAUUAUUUAAAAAGAAAGAGGAAAAACUAUUUUUAUCCUAUUUUUCCUUAUCGUGAACAUAGUUUUAGCCCAAAUAUAGCCAAUUAAAUUUAUAAAUACAUAACAAUUUGGUAUGUUCCGUUUCGAAUAGACGGCGGUUUUAUAGUAUUAUCGGUGUGUUUCAGAUACGUGAAGUGAUGUUAUGUUUAGUAAGUAUAAAUGGAUAUGCCUUAUAAGAAAAGGAGAAGGCCUUACAGGCCAAGAUCUUGUGAAAGUGGGAAAAGAGCAAUGGAAACAGCAGAAGAACGAGAAAAAAGACUCAAAAAGCUAAGAGAGUAUCAAGCAGCUAGGCUAAAGAAGGAAUCGACCCCUGAAAGACAGCAGAGACUGGCCUACAUGAGACAAAAAAUAGCAGCUAAGCGUCGGAACGAAUCUGCGGCUCAACGUCUUCAGAGACUAGAAGAUCUGAGAAUACGUGCAGCAAUUAGACGUCAAAAUGAGACUUUAUUGCAACGACAGCAAAGACUGAAAAAUAUGCGAGAAAGAGCAGCCAUGAAACGUCAGAAUGAAUCGACACCAGAACGUAGGCAAAGGCUCGAGAAACUGAGAAAUAGACAAAGGGCCAAAACUAAACGUGUCGACGAUUCGCCACAAAUCAUACAAACACAACAACCUACUGACAGAUAUAACACAGGACCGACUGGGAUGGCACAGCUAAACCAGAAUCCACUAGCAAGGCACUGUGCUGAUACAGAAACAGUAAAUAUGUGCCAACCCAGCAUAUCAGAAAUGCAAACCUAUAUACCCAACAAAAACAAAAAAACCAAAAAAGCCAGGAAAAAACGUAAAAAGUAACUUUAAAGUGAACGUAUUCAGCAGUAUUAAACAACCAUCAUCAGGUUAAAUGGAACAUUUGAAAGUUGAAGGCAAAAUCGAAUAGAAUAUUUUAAGUUACAAAUGUCUGCCUAUGAUUGGACUGUGGUGGUGGUGGUGAUUCACAAAAACUAACAGCUGUUUUUAUUCGAUCGCAUAUAAAGCUCUCCAGGCUCGUGACGACAUGUUGUCAUCUUUGUAAUUAAUAGCCAAAUCAUUCCUGCAAGCCUUAUAGAUUUCUAACUUUUAUAAGUGCUUGAUGUCGGACAAAUGAAGUUGUAAAAAGUUUCAUGUAAAGUUGUACUGAAGUUGUAAAAUUAAUGUUUCAUGUAUUUAAUCAUUUAUUGUGUUCAAGAGAUGUGUAUUGUAUUUCUGAUAUGUUGUUUUGUUUUUACAGUUUGGUUUUUCUGCAAUUGGCUUGGUGCCAAGAAAUUGGGUUCUGAAUUCAUAAUUUUUCUAAUGGAAGAACAAGAUUUUUCAUUUCUCCCUUGUAUGAUAACAACAGUGUUAGAACAGCUAUGCCAUUUAGACAUUUUUGUGGCAUAUUCACUACUAUUUUUUACAUUAGAGAAAUAUUUACUUUUUAUAUGCAGAACUUAAUUUCUCAGUGACCAAUACAUAAACAUAUUUAUUUCAUAAAAUCAAUAACAGAUACCAAUUGAUAAUCACUGAUUGAAAUUCAUAUAUAUAAUUAGAUGUCAAGCAUAGUAAACAUAAAUUCAAAAAUAAAAUAAAAUGAAAAAUAAACUUUGUUUGGGUAUGGACAAUUUGUUGGAAACAAAAAUAUUUUACAAGUAGCAUUAGAUGUAUGGCUUAACUAGUGCAUGAGAAAAGAUGUAAAUUUAAUUCAAAAGAAUUUUUUAUGGCUAGUAUGUAAUGAUGAUUGACUAUUUCAGUGUUUUUGACGUAAUAUGUGGCUUAUGCAUGUGUAAUAUUUGGCUAAUGUACUUAAGAAUAAAUGUGAUUAAAUUGUAUAGAAAUACAUCUCUUCACAAAAUGAAGGUUGUAUUAGCAUUCAAGAUUUUAUGCAAUGAUUUUCUUUUGAAAAUCUAAAAUGCCUAAGGCAUUGUUUAAUAAAUAUUUUUAUUAAAUGUGUUCAUUUUCUAUCAGAUUUAUUUCUAACUUAUUUGUCUUAUAACCUAUAUGUUAAUCAGCAGCAACAAUUUUUAAUAUUAGUGAUGGGCACUA